AUGGAUAUUCCCAGCUACUCGAAGCAGGAGUACUGGGAGCAGCGCUAUCGCACAGAGCCUGAAGGCGCACCAGAGUGGUAUGUGGACUGGCCUCAUCUGAAACGCCACUUGUGUGAUCAAAAUGGCAUCCUGGGCCCCCUGGCCUUGGUCCCGCCUGCCCUUGUCCUGGAGCUGGGCUGUGGCAACUUUUCCCUGGUGCCAGGCCUCACCAGCAGUGGCUUCGCAGCUUUGGGGGUGGACUUCUCGCCCACCGCCACUGAAGCUGCUGCCCAGGCAGCUUCGCCUUCUGCGCCCGCGGACUUCGCCACACUGGAUGCGCGAGCGCUGCCACUGCGGCCCGGGAGCUUCGAUGCGGUCCUGGACAAAGGCUGCUUCGACGCCUUGAAGGCGGACGACUCGCGCGACAUGCUUGCUGAAGCCUGUCGGCUGUUGACCGCUGGCGGCCGUUUUCUGUGUGUUUCAAACAAUGAAAUGCUUGUGCGAAGCCAUGCGCGCAAAGUGUCUGGCUGGAAGUCUGCUUUUGGCUCCCCUUUCUGCAUCCCUGACUUGGAUGACGAGCUAUAUCUUCAUUGCUACAUCCGAGAUGCGCCAGACAUUUGCUUGCAUGACGCACCUAAAGGUGACCUGAUCCUUGCAAAAGAACGCAUGGAAGGUCAAUCCAAAUCUGGGCAAGAUUCGGGGCCUUCCAAGACAUAUGUUGCCCAUGAACAGCUGGUGCCAAGCAAGCUGCACAAGCUCACUCUUUCGGUGCCUUGGGCGCUCCACGCUUCCGACAUCGCGCUGCAUGUGGCGGACGAAGGCGCAGACUGCGACGAGCAACAUGUGGUAGUGGCGCCCGACGGUGCGGACUGGGAAGACUUGGUUCCUGUACCAUGGCAUCCUGGGCAAGCAACAGCUUCGGUGCCGGAAACAGGGCUGCGCCUGCGAUUGCCAAGAGACGUGCGAACUGCCAGGACAGCUGCACGGAAAGAUGGAGACAUGCAGCAAGAGGCAGCUCCCACGAGCAGCUUCUCUGCUAGAUCCAAAACCUUGACCCUGAGGCUGCGUCCCUCGAACAUGGGGCAAAAAGGACAAGCUUGA